AUGUUUCCACUUGGCUCUCUGCGGAUUAUAUGUUCACCUCGGGCUGCGCGACACCCGCCCUGGACGAGGAAGCAUGGAGCGUCUCUUCCAAACGCUGCCACGUUAAGUCCCAGCAUGGCAGCCAGCUUCCACAGCAACAACCCUCCUUGGCACAACGGCGUGAACUUCAGAGAAUUUGGAAAAGUAGAAUUUUAUUACACUAAAACGGUCUUUUCAUCCAAAAGUUGCUGCACAAGUCAGAUUAAACCGCACUGCUGGAACUGUAAGCGACUUCUAGAGAAAACGUCCACAUUCUUCUGCAAGUCAUGCCAGGCAAUCCAACCCCCCGAGGAAGGAACCACCUACUUCAAAAUAAUGGACUGUGACUACACUUUCACACUGGACACCCACAAGCUGCAGACAAGAUACUUGCAGCUUCAGCGAUCUCUUCAUCCCGACAACUUCAGCCAGAAGUCUGUGAAAGAACAGGGAUUUUCAGAACACCAGUCUGCUCUCGUGAACAAAGCCUACACGACUCUGCUGAAGCCUCUGAGUCGAGGUCUCUAUAUGCUGGAGUUAGAAGGCGUGCCACUGGAGGAGGGCACCGACUCUCACGCGGAUUCAGACUUCCUGUUGGAGCUGAUGGAGGUCAAUGAAGCUCUUGAUGAAGCACAGACUCCAGAAGAAGCCAGUAAAAUUGGCCAAUGCAUGAAAGUAGUUUUUGGACAUGAAACAAGCUUAAGAAACGCUGCGGCUCCCUCCGGUAGAGCUGGUUAAAAGUUUAGACACGCUGACUCGAGAGGAAUGGACAAGGUGUGUCCUAAUUACUGCAGCUUUCUCCUGCUUUGUUCUCCACCACAGACGGUUCCCUCUAAACGUGGGCGGUGUCAGUUGUUUAUCAUCGUAGCGUGUGGUGACACAACCACCCUCUGUCUGUCUGUGUGUGUGUGUGUGUGUGUGUGUGUGUGUGUGUGUGUGUGUGUGUGU